AUCCAUGAUCUAAUACCACCACGCCCUACUUUCUUUCUGCGAGGAAUCAACUUAUUAUUAGUUUAAUGCACCCUUAACCCGCCCCAAUUGCCUCAUUCAAUCAUCCCACCACAACACUACACAGGCACACAACCAGAAAAAGCUCACUUACAUUUUCCCUGCUCCUUGCCCCGUAUACUCCGUAUUCUACACACAAGUUACACCAAGAUCCUUUGUUUUUGAACCACCACCCGACUGUCCCACACUUUCCCUCAGUCGUUUACUUUUUUUUUGCAUUUUACUACCUUGGGGUUACAGUCAAAAUUUUUUUUACACCCACGUACUAAAUUAUUUAUAACCAACUUUUACAUUUAUAAAAUUUCCAAUUAUUUAUAUCACUACAAGUUUCCUUCGUUUUGCAUCCCGAUAUCAAGUUAUUCAUACUAUUACUGAUCAUCACCCUUACUUUAUAUUACUAUACCCCCCUCUUUAUAUAUUACAUGACGACCAACACUACUCCUGCCGCUAUAUCGAUAACUCCAUCAAUGAAGGAAGUGGAGGGACUUGGCUUAAACAUUGGCGAGUUCACAUUAGAAGAAUCUCCUUCUAACUCGAGUGUUUCUGCCUGCUCAGAAGAACUGGAAUCUCCACUCACUUCUCAAGCUGGGUCUGAUUCCAAGAUGGAAUCGUUAUUGUCGUCAAUUGUUAAAUCUUUUACUCAAACUUUAACUAACGAGAAUUUAAGUUCCCAAUCAGACUUGUUACACGCUGAUUUUGAUUCUGCUUUAUCUGACAAUUCCAACAUCACUAUGUUGCCUAAUUACAAUAUUCAACCUACUGGACAAGAACAUGGUCAAUUCUUGGUUAUUGACUUGGGUGGAUCUACUUUAAGAAUAGCUGUGGUGAACAUUGACCAGCCAGUUGAUGCCGAAGAAACAGAUAGAUCUUCUCGUAUUCAAACAGUUAUUGAAAAAAGUUGGAUUAUUCCAAACGAUUUCAAAGUUAUUGACUGGGAAUUCUUCAAGUUUAUUGGUGCUAAGAUUAAACUGGUUUUGGAAUUGCAAGAAGUUUUGGAUAUCAACUCUAUUGUCAAGACUGGUAUCACUUGGUCCUUCCCAUUGGAAACCACCGAUUACAACCACGGAAGAAUUGUUCAUGUUUCUAAAGGUUACACAAUUCACCCAGACAUCUUUGGCAAAGAUUUAAAAGUUAUCUUGGAGCUGGUGUUAAAGGACGAAUAUGCUAUUGAUAUUGAUAUCAGAAUCAUUUUCAAUGAUUCCCUUGCUGUUUAUGCUGCUGGUGCCUUUAUUGAUAAGAAUACCAAAUUGGCUUUAGUCUUGGGAACUGGAUUGAAUGUUUGUUGUUCCUUGGAUAGUUCCAGCAAGGUCCACCCAGACAAGGUUUUGAAUGGUCAUGACAGAAUUCUUUACAAUACUGAAUUAUCACUUUUCGGUCAAAACUUGGUGACUCCAAACUUUGUUACUAAAUAUGAUUCUCAUAUUGAUUCCAGAUUUGGAAUUUUCAACCAACAUUUCCAAUCAUUCAUGACUGUCGAUCCAAACACUGGUACGAUUUUCCAACCACAUGAAUUGAUGGCCAGUGGGAGAUACUUACCAGAAUUGACCAGAUUAGUCUUGGUUGAUUUAAUCGAGGCUCAAGAGAUCUUUGUUGACCGUAGCCAAUAUGAACUUACUGAAAUCUUGACUAAUGAAUACGAUGGGUUUGAUGGUGAAUUAAUGUGUUUUAUUAACGAAUCAGAUGAUUUUGAAGCCAUCAACAAGAAGGUUUCUGAAAGAUAUAACUGGAAAACCGGAAUUUCUCAAGAAGAAAUUACCAUAUUGAAGAAUGUUACUAAUGCUAUAAUCCACAGAGCAGCAUUCAUCGUUGCCUACACUAUAGUUUCCUUUGUUAAGUUAUUACACGAACACAACGCCAAUGAAGAUUUAUCCGAAGUUACAAUUGGAUAUGUUGGAUCAGUAUUAUAUUAUUUUAACAGUUAUAGAAAAUUGGUUAAACAAUUGAUUAAUGAUAAUGAAGAUGCAAAGAAGUUGGGUUUAAAGGUUGAUUUGAAAUUAAUCGACAAUAGUUCGAUUAUUGGAGCUGCCAUUGGAGCUGCUUAUUAUUCUUAGAAAUCAAAAUUUGGGAUAUUUUAAAGAUUGACUUUUAUUUUCUUUUAUACGUAGACGUAUAUUUAUAUUUGUUAAUUUAUAAACAGUAUUAAUGAUU